AUGCGUUUCCUCAUACCCCUCUCCGUCCUAGUCGCCUCCGCGCUAGCCGCCUCUAAUAACUUCAACGAGAUCUUGGAUCAGCUCUAUGGCGAGUGCGGAGGCGCUUGUGCUUCUACCGAAUUCAAAGACAGCAAGUAUGGCUGCGGAGACCCGAGCAGCUCCGCAUCCAACACCUGCUUCUGCAAGAAUUACGCCAACAUUUUCUCUGAUGUCAACGAGAUGCGCUUUGGAAACUGUAUGUCGAAGUGUAACAUGAACGUUGGCGACCUGAACUAUGCCCAGUUGGCGCACGAUGUUAACAACAUCUGUGGCUCGAACUUGGGUGCUGAUACCACUUUCACUGGGUCGUCACCGAGUAGCUCCGCCACUUCCAAUGCAGGCGGAGCAGGUGCGAGUUCCACCGCUGCAGCGUCGAGCCCUUCUCACACUGGUGCUGCUAGCACUAUUGCGAGCUCCAAGACUGCACUUGCUCUGGGUGCUUUGGCUUUCUUGGGCUACACUCUGUGA